CCCAUUAAUCCUUGAGCUUGAGUGUUGUGAUGAAGAAGGAGAGGCUGGCAAAAUCUUGCUCUCACGGCGCUCAUUAAGUCAUCCACCCCAAAUUGUGGUUGUCACUCCAAAAAAUGAAGCUGGAUCCUUCUGCCAACCAGUCUUUCCUAUACGCUGGUUUUAUCUAUCAUUAGUGCGACACUGAAACUGAAUCGAUGUGGACAUGGGAUCCAGAAUUAGGGAAGACAUUAGACACUUUUUUGAGUGCUUCUGCGAAAUCGCCAAGCCCCAGCCCGAUAAGGAGGCGUGGAUUGUCCAGAAGUUCCCAGAGUCGUACAAAGAUGAGGAGGUUUUGAAAUCGGUGCCGAAAUUUUCUUUCCCAUGUGAAAUCGAGUCCACGAGUGUGCAGCACUUCAACUUUGUCCUCACGGACAUCGACAGCAAAUGGACCUUUGGUUUUGUGCGUCACGGCACUCGCUCGGAAACAGCUCUAGUAGUCCUAAGCUACCUUCCAUGGCACGAAGCAUUUCACAAGUUCCUAAACACAAUCGCUGAUCUGACUGAUAGCCCAAAUGACUCUGAUCUGUGGAGUUUUCUGGAGGCGAUGUACGAAAUGCCUGCUCCUGACCCUGGAAGCACCAUACAUAUUCCAUACAACAACGGUCUCAAGACCUUCACUUGCCAAUGUCCCAAUCAGUUCAAAUUGCCAAGCAUUCCAGACAACCGAAAUUUGACUGAAUAUUACAGCGCCGUGGAUGCCAACAACAUGAUGCUUAUUUUCGCUUCCAUGCUGUACGAAAGGCGAGUCAUCUUCACGUCAAAACGGCUUUCCCGACUGAGUGCUUGUGUCCAGGCAGCCAACGCAGUUCUCUACCCCAUGAACUGGCAACACAUUUUCAUUCCUGUUCUACCCAUGACGCUGGUUGACUAUCUGCUGGCGCCCAUGCCUUUUCUCAUUGGAGUUCCCCAAGCUGUUUUGCAAAAGGUACCAAGAGCUGAUCUGGGGGACGUUGUAAUUUUGAAUGCUGAUGCCAACACAGUGGAAUCUCCUUUUAACGAUUUAGAAAGUUUGCCCUUCGAAGUGGUUUCGUCUCUAAAACGUAAACUGCGGAACCGCCCGACGCUACUUGGUGAUGGUGUGAGUCGGGCUUUCCUUCAAGCGCUGGUUCAGCUCAUUGGCGGCUACCGAGACGCCCUGCAGUUUUAUCAGGGGGAAAAGAUCACCUUUAAUGCUGAUAAAUUUGUUGAAUCUCGACCAUCAUCAAUUCAACCAUUUUUGAGGAAAAUGCUGCACCUGCAAAUUUUUCAACAGUUCAUAGAAGAAAGACUCGACAUGCUCAAUGCCGGCUUAGGAUUUUCCGACGAAUUUGAGCUGGAAGCCUGCAACUACUCUGAAAAAUCCAGUUCAAGACUGAAGCAGCAAUACAAAGAGUGGGCCAGCACCAUGAAAAAAGAAGGGAGCGCAUUUUUCAAGACUGUCAAAAACAAGGCCAAUCCAGCCGUCAAAUCAGCUGUGAAAACGGUAAAAGCACGCGGCAUGGAUAUGAAAGAGCGCAGCAGGACAGCAUACAAAGGCAUCAGAUCCAGAUUUCGUGACAGCCAUGUUUCGCCGCACUCGAUGCACCAUGAACUUGAACCUCCCCAUCUGCCCUUCAACGGAAAACCCAGGUCUGCGCCAGCGUCACCAACUGCUUCCCCUAGAAGACCAAAGACACUGAUGGAUUCCUCUGGAGGAGUCAAAUCGUAUUACAAAGAUCCCAACAAAUUCUUAAAACCAGCUAGUGACAACAGAGGCAGGUCGUUGUCAGCCGCCCUCGCUAGUCCUGACACUUCUCCUGUGUCAGCUGAAAAGCCGCUGCAGAUUUCUCCAAUUGACAUGGACCUUCUCGGGGACUUGCAGCAUCUAAUUUUUAGAGACUGUCAGAGGCUAGGUGAAGAGGCAAAGAAAGAGAUGGAGGAGCCCAACCCAAAACCAAUGGUCGACAGAUCUCUGAAGCCUGUUCGUAGCAUGGACCGAUCAUCCAGCAUCUCGCUGGCCCCGCCUCCACCCCUUAGCUUGCAGCGUUCCGCCCCUCCUACCUUGACCCCUUCUACUCCCACCACCCUGGUGAAUAACCCUUUCCUCAAUCCGACGUCGCCCUUCUUGGUGUUGGGCCAAGACAUGGAGAAUCCGGACGCCACGAGUAACCCGUUUGUUGUCACAUGUCCUCCCCCACACGAGCUGUCCGGCGGUGGCAUUAUUUCCCCUCCACCCAGAACACGGAAACACUUGCAAAAAGCACAAACGCAGCCUUCUGGAGACCUCAUACAGUUAGACUCAACGCCUAGUGAGGACGAUUUCGAUCCACUGAAGCCAAGUAGCAGAACGAAAGCGGCAGCUUCAAGUUUUUCAGCGGAGCUACUAUCUUCAGAGCAAAACGGCGCGAGGUGUCUCCCGACAGAGUCCACCUCAACUUCCCAGCAAGAUAGGGAUUUGUUGAGAGAGUAUGGCCUGGAAUUCGUCUCGUCAAACGCGUGGUCGAGCUCUAAUCCCUUUGGAGAAACCGCACCAACUGCGCCAAAUCCUCCAGGUCGGUGGACGACUUUUGAGUAGACAUUGUUUGUUAUUUUCACAUUACAUCGAAAUACACUACUUGUAAAGGCAUUGGGUAUGUCAAGUUAAAAAGUACUGCAUGCGAGAAGUUCAUCUGUUAGGUUGGUGAUAAUUCCGUUAUUGUUUAUUACUACAUGAUAAUCAAAUCAAGUGCGGAGGGAAUCCUUACCAGAGAAAGGUUUCGUGUUGUUAUUUGAAUCUAACUUGUUUUGUUGACGCUAUUCAGUAUUGUUUAUCAUAUCUAUUCUCUUGGUAGUAAAUUAUUUAAGUAAUAUUGGUUUGCUAGUCGCGUGUCUGGUAAGGUGCUCUUAAAAUCACGCCUCUUGAAUCUGCGCUGUUGAAAAGACAAAUGAAUGCACAAUUUAUUUGAGUCUUUGUUCUAUAUUGCAUGCAACUGUGAUAAUUAUAUGAUUUUUAAGAAGAGAUAAAAAUAGGUGCGGACUAGGAAGUCAGAAUUUCAUUAAAUAUAUUCUAUUUUGUUAAAAUUAUAUGAUAAUGUGUCAUUGUCAAAGUCAAAAGCAUGCUUCCAGUGCAAAAAAUUGAUUAACUAAAUUAUAUAAUGCAAUAAUUAACCAACCUUAAAAAAAUUUAAUCCUCAUUGGAAUCAGUUGAGAGUAUUUCAGUAAAUUCAAAUCGGGUUGCUAAUGAAUAACGUUUUCGCAAAGGCCAUUUAAAUUAUCAAUUGUGUCCAAUUGUACUGUCUGCCAUCCAAAUAAAAUAAUGGUUUUGGAUAUAAAAUUUGAAUUUAGAUUAUCUGGCCUUUGUUGUCGAUGGAUAGUCCUAAAAAAUGAAAAAUCCCCAUGGGAUCAUCUUAAAACUCUACUCGUUGAGAUUGUAAAAGAAGCGAGGUAUAUAAAAAUAAAUGUCAUUGAAACUGUCAAUUUUUAUAGAAUUAAAUUUUUAAUAAACAAUUUUAACGUC